GUCCGUGGCCGGCGGGCAUUGCAGCUUACGGCAUCGACUCCAUCUCUCUCGCCUCUGCGCCUUGCCCCGUUCUCCCUUCUCUGCUCCGGGCUUAGCAUAGGCACACGGCAAGUCAGCAACUUAGUUACUAAGGCUGUCAAAAAAAAAACUACCCCUGUCCAACACAACACUCGCCGGCAAUCUCCGCCUGUCCGGCUUCAAGAAGUUGCUGGGAACUAGGGGAGCCAGACAAGCCAAGCCAGCAAACAAUUAGAUGGAGGCAGUGGUGCGGAAGGUGCAGCAGCGGGUGAGGAAGGUGCGGGAGGAUAUGGACUUGUGGGAUAACUUCAACUCCCGCCUCCUUACUAAGUUCGACAGGGCCACCGUAGUCAUCGAUCGCCUUCCGGUGCUUGGAGAGGACAAGAACUAUGGUGCCUUGCGUAGUGUGCCUAACAUCCCAGAGGACCUCAUGGGGAAGCAGAUUGAGAAUCUGGAGCUCAUGUUUGUUUCUAUGAGGGAGACACUGGAGAGGUUAAAUGGCAUUGUGAGAGCUCUAAAUAAGGCUCUGCGUGAUACUAACCAGAUGGUGAGAGGCGGGUCAGCACUCACGGCGAAACAGAUGCAGUUACAAGUGGGAAUUUUGCCAACUAUUGCGGAAUGCUUGGAUGGGCUUCGGACAUUAUGCGAGAUGCACCAGGCUGAGUUUGCACUAAAAUCAUCAGUUAUCUCCUUGUUGACAUGGAAGAGCAGUUCCAGUGACAUUGCUGCACUCCGCCAACUCUUAGUAGACCAGCCAAACAUACCAAAAGAUGAAGUUCAAUCCAUAUUCGACAUUAUAUUUGCAGACGAAAUUUGUUAACCAGCUCGUAUUUGAACUGUUGGAACCUUGGGCCCCAUGUAAAUCUAGCUGCCCUCUCAGAUAAUGCUUGAUUUAAUUUGAAAUUUUCAUGUUCCAUGAUCCUGAUUGUUGAGCAGUGCGACCAAGCCAUGUUUUUAUUUCCAUCAGCAACAGUGACUGAACAUCUGGAAUCUGUCUUUGUUUCCACCAGCAACAGUGGUUGGAGAACUGGAGCUGCCAUCGGUUUAGUUCUGAAGCAUAGGAAAACCAAUCUACAAUGGUAGUUUAGCAUAUUGCUCAUGGCAUAUUAUGUCUCUUGGUAUUGUGUCACAUAUAAGGAUCUCAGCAAAAAUACAGUGAUUGUCAGGUAGACCUGCACGUACAAACACAAGUGAAAUAGUUGCCUGAAAUUUGCAUACCGGCACUGACCAAGGACAGCAUUGUUUGGCAACUAAA